GCAUGAAUCCAACCAAACUUUUUCGCUAAGAGAAAGUGAAUCAAAUGGGAAGCAGAAGAGAUGAAAAGCGGUUCUCUACCGACCGAGGUACGAAACCGGGACAGAGACCGCUAUCGAGUUAGUAUUUCUUUUCGUUCCGAUCUGAGCAGACAAUUGGGUUUUCGCGUGCACCAGGCGGGUGGUUCACAAUUUAGUUUGCUUCCAUUGUGAUUGUUAUUCGUUGUAUAUAAAUGUGUGUGUUGGUCGAAACACAGGACUGCGAACGGUAGAAGUCAAAGGAAGAUUACUGACAAAAGAGCUAGGUAAAAGCAAAAAGGGAUUGAUACUUGGUGAUUCGUAUCUCCAAUGGGUCGGUGUAUGUCAUAACCAUUUUAGCAGUACAUAAGUUAACAGUCCCUAUUCCGAAUUCUAUUGAACCGUAGGUUGUUUUGCUGUUUUUUUUUGUAUCCGUUUCCAGUUACAAUGUUCUGUAUUCUGUGAGUUUUGUUUUUAUUAAGUGUUACCCGGGCUAGAACAAUAUUUUACUUACUAUGAUACAGUACUGCUUAAAAUAUAACUAGAAACUGGCUUAUAAAGUUUGUGAAGAAGUUUGUAUAACAGACACAAUUACAAGGUGAAAGUGGCUGCUGUUCACAUUGGAUAAAAUACAAGUGUAGCACUUAUCAGUAUUUUGGAGGGCGAUAAGAGCCGCUAUGGCACUGUUAUCGAAUGGUGCUCCACCGAUGCAGAUGACUCCACAGUCCGGUUCUUCAGGACAGUCCAGCAAUGAGAGUAAUGCAGAUUACGAAUCGAAUGAUCAUAUUUUUCUCUCGAACCUACUCAGUUCUCUGCCACGUUUCGAUGCUCCAGCUAAGAUUGGAACCAUGCCCAAUGGCGGUCAACAAAGUACGAGUUCGUUCGUUGCCAAUCCUACGCUAGAGAGAGGUGGUGCAGGCAUUUCGGAAGACCUUACGUACUCGAACGCUCUGGGUGCAAUUGGGAGUGGAAGUGCUCCAAAUAGUGAAAUUCUCGGUGCAAUAGGGGCACAACUGACUCCAAGUGCAUCACCGCAAACUAACUCAUCCGGAAGUCCUCACUGCACGUCUUCGUUGGGUGCGGUUUGUGGGCGUUGUAACAGCCAAGCUAUCUGUCGUUGUUUAGAUUGUAACGAUGUGCUUUGUCAAGAGUGUACUCAUAAACAUAGUAGAACAUCUUUCUCUAGAGAUCACUGUGUCAUCUCUAUUCACGCAAUCUCAUCGAUUGGGUCCGUCAAUGGUGCUAAUUAUAACCCUAUGGGAAAUGAGCCGUUCUGUGAUAUUCACGGUGAAGCAUUACGCUAUUUGUGCGAGACAUGUAGAAAAAUUGUUUGUCAAGAAUGUACCUUUUGGGACCAUAAGGAUCAUUCGUGUAUUCCAGUAGCUAACAUAAUGCAUGGAGCAAAGGAAAAGAUUUUAUCUAUCAUCGAAAGCGGAAAGUUGGGCACUAAAUACAUUAAAGCUAGUAUUGAUCUCGCUCUCAAGUACUCACAAGCAGUUGAAAGAGAUGCAUUGGACGCAUCGGGUAAAAUUCGUAAAUCUAUGAGACAUUUUAUUCAAGCCGCUGAAGAUCGUGAAAGGACUCUUUUAGAACGGGUCGAUAAAUUUCGCCAGCAGAAACUUAAUUCUCUUGCGGAUCAAAUGGCUGGACUGCGAUCAGCACUAGCUGGCUUGGCUAGCACCUCUGAUAUGCUGUCCAAAGCGCUAGAAAGUGUUGGUUCCAUGAAUAACAUGGAUAUAGCACGAACAUUAACAACUGGCGAAAGUCAAAUUGAACAAUAUGCUGCUAUGUUCAAGAACUUGCAGCCGAAGGAAGAGUUCAUCACAUUUGUCACGCCGAAUUUUGAUCUCGUUCAUGAUAUCCGUAUGCAGGGCGAUGUGAUAUUUAUGAAUCAACGCAGUAAUUCGGUAUCGAAUGGUCCUAAUGCAUACAUUCAACCACCUUGUGGGAAUAUACUUACUCGUCGCCCAAUCAUACGAAACAUAGUUCCAUUUCAACAGCAACGUAACAAUUUAGCCUCAUGUUGGGAGCAUAUGCCGUCAUCAAGAAAUGAGCGCAGCACUUCGCCAAUUACGACAGCUCCGAUUCCUGGAAUGCCAAUAUUAGGGCAAAGUGUGCCCGGAUGUCCGACCCAUGUGUCUGCCCGACCUUCUGUCGGGCUUAGUGUAACGUUCGGAUACGAUGGACAUAAUGAUGGUCAGGUUUCUCGUCCAUGGGGUAUUGCUGUAGAUAAAGAUGGUCACAUUAUAGUGGCUGACCGUCGCAACAACAGAGUUCAAGUGUUUUAUCCGAACGGUGCAUACAAAUUGAAAUUCGGUUCAAAAGGAACUGCAAACGGACAGUUUGAUCUCCCGGCUGGCAUAUGCACCGACGCACAGAACCGUAUAAUUGUGGUUGAUAAGGAUAACCACCGCGUGCAGGUCUUUUCGCCUAACGGAAUGUUUCUGCUGAAGUUUGGUACUUACGGGAAGGAUUGUGGACAGUUUCAAUAUCCGUGGGACGUAGCUGUCAAUAUUAGGGGGGAAAUGUUAGUUACGGAUUCAAGAAAUCAUCGCAUUCAACUUUUCAGUUCAGAAGGACAAUUUAUUUCACGCUUCAGCUUUGACGGUGUUCACCAUAAUCGUUAUUUGAAGGGUCUUACCACACCGCGUGGUAUAUGCUUUACGCCCCAAGGCGACAUCAUAGUGACGGACUUUGAAAAUCAUCGUCUGUUGCUCGUUGACGCGUCUAUGACAAAGAUUAUCGCCCAUAAAGGCCACGAAGGAUCUGCAGUGCAUGAAUUUAGUCGUCCGUCAGGAGUGUGCUGCGAUGAUGAUGGCCGGGUCAUUGUAGCUGACUCCAAGAAUCAGAGAGUCAUGGUUUACUCUCCUCUACUAGAUUUCCUCUGGGCAGUCGACAUUCGUCCUUCAACCAAUAGUCCGCUGGCUAUUCCAACGGAUGAAAAGGACCGCCCCAGUGACGUUACGUUACUCCCUGACGGUCGUCUUGUUGUAAUGGUCGAGACAUCGCCGGAUGCUCGUGAUCAAUGUAGUCCUCAGAAGACUUUCAUUCAAGUUUACUAGAGAAAUACUUGUGUUUUAUGUAUACUGUUUUAUAGUUUUCCUUGACGCUUGCUUAUGUUCGUAUUCGAACGAGAUUGUUUUCAUUUUAAUCUGUUUCAUAUAUUAACUAGAGAAAAUUUACACGACACAUGAACAUUGCUACCUCCUGCAGAAGUGUAACUUUUUUCGUAGAAUAUUUUACAAACUGAAAUUGUAAGCUGAAAAAGGAAAUUUAGGCUGAACAACUUGAGUACAAGCAUACGAGCAAUGGUGAGUAAAUUGUAGUACAAGUUAGGAUAAAAUGUUGUGGCGAAUUAUGGCAUGGAGAAGUUUAUGGUACAUGCAGUAAUGCAUCAAAAUCAUGGCAAAUUAUCCUGACAAGCAUAUGAAGGUUCGCAUACCUUCCGAAAAAAAGAAAAAGACUAAGCUCAAAAGACUGAUAAGGCAAUAUAACGUGGUUUUAUUAUCUAAGCAAAUUUUUCUUGUUUUAUCUCAAUUUUCUUACAGUUGUUUCUGUUCCAAAAUUCCUAAAUCUAUAAACAAGGUACCAGUUUCAAAGAGACAACAAUUGAUUUAUAGCAAUCUCUAUUUUUGAAUACAUCAUUUCCAAGAAACAGGAAUUCAUUUGCGUGGAAUGCACGAAUUUAAAUUUAAUUUUAAAGUUACUCAGUAGAUUUUAGAUCUUUGUUUUGGAAAGUCAAAAGCAUGAUGCCGUUCACAUGAAUUGUAUGUUUUGUAGCGAGUGAACUCAAAAAUGAUGAUUCAAGUAUUAUGUGAAGCAGUGUGGUGAUGUAAUUUGAAAAUUGAAUUACCAGAAAUUUUUACCAAGUAAAACAUCCUAAAAACACAUGUAUAAGAAAAUGUUUCAGUCAAAAUUCAAACAAUAUUUUUUAGGUUCGUGAGCAUUAUAAAUGACCAGUUUUCGAUUAUAUCUCAGAUGAAUCGAUCUAAGAUAGUACGAGGAUAAUCCUCACCAACAAAAGCAUCAACACUUUAAAAAAAUGGCGAAGCAAAAUACAAAAAAAAAGAUACAGUAGAGUAGAAAUGAGGAUGUACAACCGGAAGAAACAAACAAAGGCGUUUUAGAAAAACCGCCCUGUACUUGUGAUUGUGUACGCGAAACAAAGUGGAGCAGACAGUUUAAAUAAAAUAAAACACGCUUACCAUAAGCGACAUUGGUCAUGGAUCUAGUGCCAGUAAACUGUAGGAGUGACCAGUUUCUUUUAAAGGAAGGAUAGUAUUUCGAUUUAUAAUCGAUUUGAAGGCUGCACGAAGAUUGAUUUAGAACGAAUCCAAUUCGCUAAAAAAAUCAAACAUGCAAGUGUUGCCAUAAAACUCAAAGAAGGAAGACAUUUAAUGGAAAUAAUAUAUCAAAGAAAAUAAGCAACGUUUUUACUACAUAACAGUGAAAAUUGAAGGGGAAUAAAAAUAGCAGAAUUCAUAAUUCAACAACAAAAAAGAAAGAGAAAAAGUCCAGUAAGUUCCUCUAAUUGAAUGAAAACGGUGAAAUUUCUGUCAAAGCCAGAUGGCCCAAGAUUUUUACGGUUAUUAUUUAGAGCAAAAACAAACAAUACAUUAUUUCUUGGCUUAAAUUAUAUUCGACUUGAAAAUCACUAUGAUAACUACUAUUCGGCAUGCUUAUUCAAAAUAUAUGUGUUGUCGUGUUAUGGAUGUAUUUUUUUUUUUCUAAAUUUCUAUGCUAUACGCAGAUCUAUUAUAUUAAGCAAAUCCAGUUCAAUUAAGAGCAAACGAAAAAUAUUGUGUGUAUUGAAAAAAGCUUUCUACUAAUAAAUAAGAUAUUGCUUGUACGAGUCGAUCAGCAGAUUUUGACAAAAAUAACUGAAAAUGCAAUUGAAAUGCAAUUUAGGAUAAGUAUAUUCAACGAGCAUUUUUAUGAAAAUAUAUUACGGAAAACUGAGCAAAACACAAGUUAACCAAAACAAAUGAAACAUACAAUAUUAGUUUUAAGCUGACUGAUCGAAACCAGUAAGACUGAGCUGUUCGACUGAGGAUAGAGACGGAUGAUACAAAAGUAAAUGAAAUAUACCCUCGUUUUCUAGCGUCAAAUAUUUAGACAAAUUGAAUGUUGAUCUGAGUUUGAUGAGGAUGGCGUUUUGAAAAUGGGACACAAACAUAGCACACACGAGAAGCAAUACUGAAUUUAAAAUAACAAAUAUAAAGAUAAAUUUACAGUCGAUACUCGUCCAACAGGCAAACCGAUUGAAUAUCCGCAUCCUCACCGAAAUAAACAUUACCCACCCAAAGAGAACAAAAACAAAAAUAAGUCGUAACUUAUAGUAUAUAAACCACUCGAAACAGUUUCACCUAAAUACAAGUUCCUGUACGGACUAAAAGAACGGCUAAUGUAUUCGUGCUACUGCUUUAUUUUAAAUGUUUUGUACAGCGAGAUCCCAACUCUCGGGAUCUUCGCUUUACUCUCGAAACGCCCGAAUGUGUUCAGCGAGAUAUCUACAAAUAUACACAUAAUAAUUUUAGAUAAUUUAGAACAAUUUUACACAACAAUGAAAUGCAUGAUGCUAAAAUAUAUACAUACAUAUAUGAGAAAAAAACACGAAAGUACAACAUUCUUUUUAUUGUCAAUGAUUCUAAAUACCUGCAGAGAUGAGUGAUGAUAACAUAUAUAGUGAAUUAUAACGAUCAAAGUUAUUCUAAAUAAUUGCUAAUAGUUACCAUAAGACAAGGAAAAUAACAAAAACUAUUUUAAAUAUACAAGAACAGGCGAAAUAGCAAUGUUUAGACGAAAAGUAACUGUCUCACUAUAAAGGCAUGCGAAGAAUAUCCCUGCAUUAAUAAAUAUUUUAUAACUUAAAA